CGUAGAAUUUGAUCCAUUCACGUGUCGGGGCGCACACGUCGACGCAGUUGGCAUGAGAUAAGUGAAACUACGACAUCGUAUACUCGUCCGCAGAAUUCAAAAGACGUUUUAUUCGGUUACAUUUAAUUUAACUUAAUUGUUUAAAAGAAUUUUUAAUUGGUUUUUUAAUAAACUAACCUUUUCGGUAAACGAGAAACAAUUAAAAUGGCACCGAAACAGAGAAUGCGCAUCGCCAACGAAAAAGCCACGAAGAAUAUCAAUCUUCGUGGAAAUGUACCAAAAUCAUCGAAACCACAAGACGAAGGAUCACCAGUUGGACCGUGGCUAUUAGCACUUUUCAUAUUUGUUGUUUGUGGAUCAGCGAUCUUUCAAAUAAUUCAAAGUAUUAGAAUGGCUUAAAAGGAUGAUAAAUGUGAAAGAAAAGGGUAAAUGAUAUCGUUACUGUUGAUAUAAUGAACUAUUUAUAAAAAUAUCAAUCUACAAAUGCUGUCAUCAUUUUUCAACAAACUAACAAUUUUGAGACGGGUCUAAGUGGUACAGUGAAGGUGAAAAUGUCUUCAUACGUACAAGUUUUUAAUAUCACCUAGAGAAUUCUAUUUUUCCUUUGCUAAUGGCUCAAAGAUUAUUUAUAAAAAAAAAAUGAAUUUAGCAUUUAUAAGCGUUUAACUUAAACUCACACCAUGCAUUGAUGGAAGUGAAGAUUGUACAUUUUAUAGAAUAUUACACGGUAUAAUUAUAUUCUAAUCGUCAAAAGGUGUAUAUUUUACUCGACCUUUUAUUCAGAAGCAUUUUCAUACUGUUUAUGACAUUUGUAAUGAAUCUAUUUCAGAAAUUUUUUCAAAAUGUUUACGUAAUGUGCACUCUUCCAUUAAUGCAUUUAUAGUAAAUAAUUUGUAUAUAAAUAAACAAUUCGUCGUAUAAAAAUCUAUAAAGCAUUCCACUCUGAGCA